AUGCACCCAACCCUGCGACUCAGCCACCACCUUGUCCUCAUAGAGGAGGAGAUCAAGAUUGACACGAUGGUCCUGGCCAGGAGGAGGACCAAGACCUGGCACCACGGCAGGAUUACAGAAAUCAAACCAACAGGUAAGAACACACCCAACCACCGAAAAUGGAGAUGGACUUUAGCGAGAAGGGGAGGAGCAUGCUGUCAGGGACACCACAUAGCCUUUGACCACACCGCUCCACUGGAGCAGCUGUACGUGGGCGUGCGAGUGGUGGCCAAGUUCAAGGAUGUCCACCAGUCCUUGUUCUGCUCUGGCAUUCUGGCUGAACUCCCCAACCGAAAGAACAGCAUGAGGUAUGAGCGUAAAGAUCGUUGCCGGAGGUUGUGGGAGGACAUAGAGGAUGAGGCCAACAGGGAGUUCAUCAAGGAUUACAUCAAGGUGUACCCCAACCCGCCCAUGGCCCGGUACAGACCAGGCCAGCCCAUCAACGUGGGGUUUGAGGGGGGUCCGGAGGAGGGUCGAGUAGAGCAGAUCGACUGCAGCUUGUUGUGCGUUGUCUACAAGGAUGACGAACAUAAGGAAUGGUUGUAUCGAGGCUCUUUGCGCCUGGAGCAUAAGGCCAACAUGAAGAAACGUGUUGAGGAGUCAAAGGAGACACGGCCCAACGCUGGGGGGACCACACCCUUAGGGAGGCCCUAUGGCCAGAACCGUUCAACCGACGAGUCGUCUGUUAUCACGGCUAAAGGUUCAGUCACCUUCAACCUCCACCGUUGCUGCUCAGCCUGCCUGGAAUGCAUCCGGUCAAAGGUUGAGGCCAAGCACUGUGGACUCAACCCGCUGCUCAUCCCCCUGCUCUGCGAGUUCCACCAAAUGAAGGGCCGCCGCCGGGUCAAUAACAAGACUUAUUUCCACAUCUACUACCAGUCGCCGUGUGGCCUCCGCCUGAGCAACAUGACUGCGGUGCAGGACUACCUUCAACAGACCCGCUGUGACUUCCUCUUCCUGGACAUGUUCUGUCUGGACCCCUUUGUGUCUGUGACCACAACCCACCAACCCCGGCCAUACAAGAUCAACAUCCUAGACCUGACGCUUGGCAGGGAGAACCAGCCGCUGUCCUGCAUCAACGGACUCGGCAACACCCGGCUAAUCUCAGUGAUCUACAACAAGCAGCGCGUGGCGGCCAGUGGGGUCUCCCUCAACACCAGCUCAGACUUUCUGGUGGGCUGCAACUGCACCGAUGGCUGCAGGAACGUGUCGUCAUGCUCCUGUCACCAGCUGACCAUCCAGGCCACAGCCGUGUCACCGGGUGGCCCUGAGGACAUCAACGUUGGCUACGAACACAAGAGGCUGGAGAAACGGCACUCCACAGGUAUAUAUGAGUGUAAUGCACUGUGCCGCUGUGACCCACGGGUGACCCACCGGGUGGUGCACCACAGCCUUCAGCUGCGGCUACAGCUCUUCAUGACCGUGGGGAAGAGCUGGGGAAUUCGCUACCUGGAUGACGUUGCCAAGGGCACCUUCAUCUGCACUUACACUGGGAUAAUCAUGAACAAGAAGAGUUUGGGGAUAGAGGGCAACAUGUACGUGGUCAACCUGAACCACAUAGAGGGAGCUGAGAGCAAGGAGAGUUACGAGAGUGAGACGCGCUGCUCCGACAAUGAGUCAGGUUCAGAAGAAGAGUCCAUAGAAGACGUCAACAGUGAGCAUGAUGACUGUGAUGACGAGGGCAAGGAUGAGGAAGAGGGAAACUCCGAAAAGAGCAGCGACGUAUGAUGAUGAAGAACUCUGAUGACGAAGCUGAAGAAGAACCCGAUGAUGAUGAUGAUGAAAAUUAUGAGGACAAGGACUACGAUGUCAGUGAAGAUGAUGGCGACUCUGACUUCUGGCACAAUGUCUCCUCUAUGGAGAGGAGCUACGUCACACGCAGGCAUGCCAAAAUACUACAGGAGGGAUGGUACAGCAGAAGGAAAUGACAAGCAGGCCUCAAACGCCACAAGGCGUUUCUUUGAUGGCGAGGAGUCAUGCUACAUCAUCAACGCAUAUCUGGAGGGGAAUGUGGGUCGCUACCUCAAUGUGAGUCAUGAGGAGGAAUAAUCAGAGGGUAUCGUGUUGGAUAGUAUGAUUUGCCCUAUACCCAUACUUCUCAGAGAUCCGUCAACUCAGCAUCUUACCCAGGUUACAAUAAAGGGCAGGACUAAACAACGAAUUUCAUACUCCAAUUUCAUCCUCCUACUCGUCAUGAAUGGGGAUAAAAAUUGUCAUGAAGCUCACAUCCACUGUGUCUCUCUCCCUACAGCAUAGCUGCCACCCUAACCUGUUUGCGCAGAAUGUUUUUGUGGACACACAUGACCUUCGAUUCCCCUGGGUGGCCUUCUUCACCAGCAAGAUUGUGACCUUCUGUUAUGACUCAUGGGAUAUUAUAUAUUGCUUGUGCUAAUGGUUGGUCUUUUGAGAGGCGAAGCCAGGAUUAAUAUGGGUUCUGCUCAUGUCUGUGGCUCUAUAACAAGUGCCCAGGGGGACUAAAGCAUGUGCAUUCUAAUAUGCACUUCUGUAUAUUGAUCAUAAUAUUGUCUCUGUGUUUUUCAGGCGCAUCAGAGCUGGUACAGAACUGCCGUGGGAUUAUAAAUGUGAGCUUGGUGUGAAAAGGUCGUCAAGAAUCCUAAAUUGUCGCUGUGAUCGAGUGUAGUGAAA